UUGAUUCGGUGCGUCUUCUCUGAUCUUCCUUGCGCGCGGCGAAGUUACUAGAGCUCAUGGAGGUCGUACCUGUGGAGAAUGAUGAAUCGAAGAACUUCAAAACGCUGUUUUCAUUCUAUUCCAGCUAUCUAUGGAACCGAGUAGUCGGUUUCUUGCCCACUUCAGCCUCUAGUUUUCUCGGGAAAAUCUCAUAUCUCUGUCGCCAAGCAGCUCGCGCCCGGCUCCGGGGGCGGAGAGAAUGUCUUCCCCUCCCGUUGGCUUCUGACUCUCUAGACUCUUAUAUGGUUUUGAGGAAGCCAUCUAGAGUUUAUGAUGUUUUGGAAAAUAUUUUAAAGCAUACGCUUUUCAAUUUGCAUAACGUCCAGAAGAAUUUGCAGUUUUGGCAAUCUAGGGCGGAGGGAUCAAAUGCUCGUAAAAUGUACUUUAUGAUCUUUGAGAGAGGGCCACGGGCUUUUAUUCAUGGAUCAGUUAAGUUGAUACGUGUAUGUGUUGCCGAGGGUUCUUCCAUGCAGCAUCUGUGCCAUUCUGCAGCAUCUCACAUAUCUGAGAGAAUAAAAGUCUUAAGUUGCUUACGAUCUGAGCUUGCUAUAUUCUUGGCUCAGAUUUAUGUGGAAGUUGAUAGAUUUGGGGAAGAGUUACUGACGGAUCCAGAGACUUCAUUGCCUGCAUUAUUGGCCACAAUUAAUGGUCUAUUUUCAAAUUUAGAGGCAUCAAUUGGACAUCUCCAUGCAACUUGUCAGAGGGAUGCUCCUGUUGAAGGCGGCUACUCGGGCCUGCUAAAGUUUGAGAAGCUACUCGGAGUAAGUCAGGAAGGCUCUCAGUGGACUGAUUGUGAAGUUGGAGAGGCUAUCAACUUGAUUUAUCGAAAUAUUCAUACUCUCGACUCUUAUUUAUCUGAUCUUGUUGCCAAACAUCGGAAACCCAGAAAGAUAACUUUACACUGGGUCCGCUAUACAUGUGGUGCAGUUGGCCUCUCCAUUUGUUCUUUUUGGGUCCUACAGCAUAGUAGUUUGAUGGGAAGUCCUGACAUUGACAACUGGAUUCGUGAAGCAAGGGACUCGACUUUUAGCUUUUUCAAAGAUCAUGUAGAGCAACCGCUUCGGUCUAUUAGAGAUGAACUUUUUGAUACAUUCAGGAAGAGGCACAAAGGUGUCAUGGAGCCUGAAGAGGUGCAGUUAACUUCUAAUUCCUUGCGCAGAAUGCUGUUGACAUUCGGUGAGCAGACCAAAGGUCAAAAGUUCCCAGAGAAUGCAUCAGAUCAGGAAUUGCUGGAAAUAGUGAUGGAAAGGUAUGAAAAGGAACUUGCACAUCCCAUUCAGAACCUUCUUAAUGGAGAGCUUGCUCGUGCUUUGCUUAUCCAGGUUCAAAAGCUGAAACUGGAUAUUGAGACGGCAAUGCUUGAGCUGGACCAGAUUCUUAAGGCGAAUGAGAUCAACUUUGCUAUUCUAGCUGCUUUACCAGCAUUCUUCCUCUCUCUUAUUUUGCUCAUGGUAGUGCGUGCAUGGUUUAAACAGGAUACCAGAGCAGAAGGAAGGGGUAGAAUGGCUCGGCUCCAACGGAGACUACUUAUUGUGGAGGUUGAGAAAAGGAUUAUGCAAUUCCAAACUUAUGUUGACCAAAAUCAGGAAAAGGAUGCACAGUGCAUGUUUGGACUGAUGUUAUACAGUCUUGAUCGCCUAUAUCGUGCUGUUGAGAGGCAUGCAAAAGCAACCGGGGAAUGGCAGUGUUUGAGACAGGAUAUUAUUGAUCUGGGAAAGCCUGGCCUUCAAACUACUUAUAAGCUCUUGGUGACCUCACGCAUGGAGCGGAUUUAUGACUGCUUGCUUCCGGCAUUCAAACGACAAUAGUACUUCCAUCUUUCUUCCUCCCUCCCCCCUUCACUUUCCCCCAAUCUUUUUGCAUUAUAAAUUGCUGCAUCACAAUUUUUGGGAUGGUAAUUUUGCUUCAGAGAUUUUUUGCAUUUGUUUCAUCCAAUUUUUCCUUCUUUCAUUUUCAUCAUGUGAAAUUUAGGAAGACUCUAGUCUGGGACCUCUCUUCCAGAAAAUAAAAAUAACUUUGCUUGGAUUAUGGUUAUAGCACAUGAUGUGUGCUUGGGGGAAGCUGAAGUUAUAUAUGUUGCUUCUCCUUUUUUUGUAUUCUGAUAUUUGAGAGAGAACUUGAGAGGCUGUUCAAACAUAUUAUACCCCUCAAAGAUGGUUUUUUUUUCAUUUUCAGAGUGAACUCCAGAUAAAUUGAAAGUGUAGUAGUCAUGAUCCAUAUCUUCUAUAUACGCAAUGUUACAGCAUCGACAUAGUUCAUGUGUAUUAUUAAGUAUGUAAUGCAGAAUGAGGGAGAACAUAAAGCAUU